AUGAAUCAGGAGUGUGAAAGGCCUACCUUCGAAGGUCAGUUGGACGAUGAGGGCCGCCCCACGCAUAUUCCGGAAAUUGUGGGCAGCGUCGAGCCAUUCAAGAUCGCUGCCGUAGACUUGGCUGACUUCUGCCGCGUAGCCUGCCGGCCCCUCUUCAGUGCCACUCCCAACGUGAUGCCAAGUGAUUAG